AUGUUAGGAUUAUAUCUAUCCUCCCUUUUCUUCGCCUUUUUUAUGGCACAAGUGUUUGCUACCAAAUACUCAAUUACUUUUACAUCAGAUGAGUAUGAAGAAGAUGAAACAGGACAAAAUGAACCUGGUCCUUUAGUUUUCCAUUUGGAUAAAAACUCAUUACCACCAGCUCUGCUAAAUCAAAUGGAGUUUAAUCCAUACUUAGUAUUAGCAGAUUUACCGGAGGAGCCGCGAGCUGUUGAUUCUCAAGAACAUACCGAUACGGUCCUUGCUUCCAAAUCUGUUAUAGAUUUUCUGUUGGAAGAUCCUCUAACAAUAGUGGAGCACAAAAAGUUUUCUCAAAUUGAAAGUAUUCUACAUGAAAUUAUGGAAGACAGCAUACAGAAGAAAGUCGGGGCAGACGAGGUAUUUGAAGAGAUUCCGAAACCGAAAAUUUACGCGUAUGAAGAUAUUUUAGUAACUAAUAUGAGCAUCAUCAAUAAUAGUGAAAUGCCGACAAGUACUGCAACAUUAACGAGCACCAUUUCUUAUUUAUCUAGUACGACAAGUUUAGCUUUAUCCACGGGUGUUACCAGCGUUGAGAUUUUCCCAACAAUCACCCCGGGAAAUAUUACAACUAUUGGGGGAUACGAAAAUUCAUCAUCCUCCUUAAUGCCGUCGAUGGGAAUCUUAUCUUUUCUAUUUGGUCUGUACUUGUUACUUCACCCUUAA